CAGCCAAAGAAAUACGUCUCAGAAGAAUAUGCAUAUAUUAGCAACAUAUUACAGCCAAUAUUUAAAACGUAUAACCCAGCCAAGACUUCUGAUGAAAAUUGGACAGCUCUUUACAUUCAGACACUCCUUAUGAUAAUAACCACCGCUAAAAAGUUGAUUGAAGAAAAUGAUCCCGUAAUUGACAUUAGCAAAAAAGAUAUCUCUUUUUGUAUACAUGUUUUGUUGCAGAUUCUGAUGGCAAUUAAACAUGAACCAGGUUUAUUUUCGGAUACUGUGCACUCUUCAGAAUGGUUUUACAUUGUGUCCGUACCAGUUCUAAGUUGGUUGUUAAACGUAAACUGGGCUCCUCCGUUAUUACAUGAUAUGUACUUCUCAGCAUAUAUGGUAUAUAAUAUCAAUCUUCGUAUUAUACAUGACAGUAUAAAGCAGAGAUACAACGUCGAGAAUGAAGUUGGAGUUGCUGAGGCAGCUGAAGAGAAUCCAGGAAAGGUCAGGUUUCAUUCUGAUCGAUGCAAGGUAUUAAUUGAAACCAAAGCCAUUGUCGAUAGAUUUAUUUUGGACGGUUGCCACAUUGAUAAUGUUGAUUCACUGCAAAUAUGUGGUAUGGAGGUUUAUUUUAUU